AUGGUCUCUGAUGAGCGUGGCAAAGUGGAUGGGAUGAGAAGGAGUGUAACUGGUCUGCGUGAGUCUGUCCUUUGUACACUGCUGUUUUUCAUACAUAUAGCAAACAGAAUAGUAUCUAAUAUUUCUGUACAAAGUAUAAUACUUCUGUACAAAGGACAGUGUCAAUCACAAUCUCGUUUAGUUUUCUCACAUUUCAAUACAGUGCCCUCAUGUAUUGUCCAAAGGUCAAAUUUAUUCAACCAAGUGAUUGUUAUUGGGUAUAGUAAAAGAAAAAAAGGGAGCAAAAUAGUUUUGACCCUGAGACAAUUAGCUGAUUUAAAUCAGCCAAACUUAGUCAUUAGUUAUUUUACAAUUUAUUAUACAUAUCAUUAUCAUAUACAUUAUACAUAUCAUUAUCGUAUAUGUGAUAAGCACUCAGUUUUCUUCUUUCAUUAUUUCUUCUUCAUGUUAAUCAAGCCAUAUCGCCUCAAGUGGAGCUUACUGUUAUUGUUGUACAGAAGAUUAAAGUUCAUUAAUUGCUUUGGAGAUUACAUCAAGCUAUGCAUUUUGCAUUGUUACCGUGUAGUUUUAAGGCUGAAAAAAUACACUAGGAUGAUAUUCUUUUCCCAGAAACUUGGGGCUCUUUUAAUUUUAAGCAAAAUAUCAUCUAGUCGCAGCAUAAAAAAGAGUAUUCUAGAUUUUGAAGGAGUGCUGCCACUAGUCAACAUUCUUUCAUGCCCUGCAAGAGAUUUGCAAAUUUUGGCAGCAGAGACAAUCCAGAACAUAGCUAGCAUGAGACAGGUUCGAAAGCUAGUAAGACAAUAUGGAGGCAUUCCUGUUCUGGUUGACUUACUUGACAUCAACCCAACUGCCUUGCAGUUUCCUGUUGAAGCACUGUCGCCUGAAGACGUGAAGCAAGUGGAGGUGGCUCGUAACAGCAUAAAGGCCCUGUGGACACUCUCAGUGUCUAACAGAAACAAAAAAGAAAUGCUGAAAGCAAACUGUGUACCUCUCUUUGCAAAGCUCUUCCGAUCAGUUCAUCCAGAUAUUAUAAUACCCACUGCAGGGAUUCUACAAGAAUGUGCCUUAGAGAAAAGUUACCAGUCAGCAUUCGAGAAUCAUGGGAUGAUAGCUGAUUUUGUUCAGUAUCUUUUUUCUGAAAGUGCAGAACUGAAAAAGCACUCAGCAUCAGCUAUUUUUAGGUGUGCAGAGGGUGACAUUACACGAAAUAUGGUUCGGCUGGCUGAUGGCUUAUACAUUUUAGUCAAGCUUGCCAAAACCAUCAAAGUUCAUCCAGACAGAUUACUUUUAGCUGCCGUGACAGGUGCAAUAUGGAAAUGUGCUCUUAAUUCUGAGAAUGUUCAGCGAUUUGAUGAACUUGAAGCUGUGGAAGUUUUGAUUGCUAUUUUACAAGAUGAAUAUAGAGAGCUACAUAGCUUUUGUCUUGUGACAAGGAAUCCUAUUUGUCGCAAAGAAUGUUUUCUACCAGAAAUUCUUGAGGUGUUGACAAAUGUGAUUGGAGGACUAUCGCAGUUUGCAAAACUUUCUCACAACCGUGAAGCACUUCGUGAAGCACGUGUUGUUCCCUUGCUGGUUGAACUGUUGUUUGAGUCAAAAGAAGACCUCCUUGAAAAUGUUGCUCAUUUACUGGGUGAAUGUGCCAAAGAAAAGGAAUCAAUGUCCAUCAUUGAAGAACUUGAUGGUGUCAGUCUUCUUUGGUCACUGCUUAAAAACCCAUCAACAAAUGUGCAAGCAAAUGCUGCUUGGGCUUUGUGCCCAUGCCUCGAAAAUUCAAAGGAUGCAGGAGAAAUGGUGAAAAGCAUCCCUGGAAGCAUGUUGAUUGCAAUACGUUUACUUCGUACUUCUAAUGAUACAAAUGUUUUGGCUGGUGUAUGUGCUGUCUUGGCCAGGAUAGCACUGGACAAGGAGAACCUGGCUAUUAUCACAGACCAUGGAGUGGCAACUGUACUAGCUAAGCAUGUAACAACAGUAAGUGUGAUGUGGUUUCUGGUUUCUAAAUCUUCAGCUACAAUAUGUUGUUUCCAUGUAACAGUAGCUUGUAAAAGUACCCAUGCAACUCACCAAAAUCAAUUUUUGGAAAGUAAAUAUGUGACGGAUAAAAGGGGAAAACCACAGGAAUUUCAAUAA